CUCUUGCUCUCUCUCUCUCUAUUUAUUACUCUCCAGGUCCGACGCAGAACACAUCCAAACAUGCUUUCCACCGAAGGGUCACCCGGAGUGAUCAGUGCCGUUACCAUACCGACAGAAGAUGCUGAUGCUGAGGACAGGACCUUGUGGAGCGAGGAGGAGCUUGAGGACAGGUGCACACACUUGGUGGCGGACUGCAACCCUGAGGUCGCCGACGGCAACCAGGUGCAGAGUCGAGCCGAGGCCUCUCUGCCCAAGAAACUACUACUCAGACACUCUGCAGACUCGACAGAGGUUCUUGGGGUGGUGAGUAGGGACCACAUCACAGUGGGAACGCGUUUCGGGCCGCUGGUGGGGGUCAGAUACAAUGAGGGAAGUGUGCCCCCAAAUGCCAGCAGGAAAUACUUCUGGAGGGUGUUUUCGGAAGGCCAGCUCCAUCACUUCCUGGACGGUGCCGAUGAGGGGCAGAGCAACUGGAUGCGCUUCGUAAACCCGGCCCGCACGCCGCGUGAACAGAACCUGGCCGCGGCCCAGAGUGGCAUGGACAUCUACUUCUACGUGGUGCGGCCCAUCGCCCCAGGCCAGGAGCUGCUGGUCUGGUACUGCCGCGACUUCGCCAACCGGCUCCAGUCCCCACUCGCCCACCUACUGUCAGCAGGAACUAAUGGGAAGACCUCCGCUCCGACCGUUACCCCCGAGCCAGUGGAGGGCGCCAUGCCUAUCCUGAGCAGCAGUGCCAUGAAGAAGGGUUACAGCAUCACGGACAUCCUGAAGAAGGAACCGCACGCUCCACACCUGAGGUCAGAGCAGAACAGGUCCACACUCCAAAGCUCCUCCCAGGAGGCUCCGCGGCUUAUCUGCCCCAACCCUGCUCUGAGUACGAACACCCGCGGCCUGGAGGCAGGCCAUGCAGCCUGCACCUUGAGGCUCACCCCUAGUACACUUCAUGUGAACCUCGGGAGAGAACAAGGACUCGGUUCCUUUGGCCUCGAGAGAGAACAAAGACUCGGUUCCUCUGGCCUCGAGAGAGAACAAAGACUCGGUUCCUUUGGCCUUCUCAGAAGCCUGUCUCCCUUUGGACACGGUAGCGAUAGCCCUCUCAGACCAGCAAUGCAUCCGGAAUAUUCUAGGCCUCCACAAAUGUACAUCACAUCUCAGUACUGCCCUCCUCAUCCUUCACUAGGGUUGGACAAGAUGUCACCUCAUUCUAACCUCCUUUAUUUCCAUAAACCAGUUCAGAACAUGUCUGUCCCAUUACACAUGAUGCAGGUCCAGCCUUACCCUUGUCUUCUGCGUCUGUCAGGCUCUGGACAAAGAAACACUUUGAUUGGGUCAUCUGAGAGCCACAGAAACCUUGUUUCCAGCUACCUCAGUGAUUUGAACAUGCAGCCAAGCAUUGACCACAAAAGCUUUGGUGUCUCACUGGACUUUGCCCAUAACAGCAUUGGUCUGUCCAGGGACCGAUUUGCCCAUGCAACGCAGCUCCAUGCACCUUUCAUGACCACCAGCCUCGGGGGGCCUUCUGCGCUCGACCAGCCCAGGGACGCCUCACCCCUGCAGGGCAUGGCAGCCUCACCGGGACCCCUGCCCUCCACACCCACUUCUGCUCAGCUGGGAUCUAGACAAGUGUCCGUGGAGAUGAGCGACCUCGAGACGUCGAAGCAGAUCAGUGUUGUCAGCCACAGAACGCUGUCCUAUCCGCUAAUGAGGCAGAAUGGAAAGAUUCGCUAUGAGUGCAAAAUCUGUGGGAAGAUCUUUGGCCAGCUCUCCAACCUGAAGGUCCACCUGCGUGUCCACAGUGGCGAGAGGCCCUUCAUGUGUCAGACCUGCCACAAGAGCUUCACCCAGCUGGCCCACCUGCAGAAGCACCGGCUGGUCCACACGGGCGAGAAACCACACCAGUGUGAGGUGUGCCACAAGCGCUUCAGCAGCACCAGCAACCUGAAGACGCACCAGCGUCUACACUCAGGAGAGAAGCCCUAUAAGUGCAGAAUGUGCCCUGCCCGCUUCACGCAGUUCAUCCACCUCAGGCUCCACCGCCGGCUCCACACCAGCGGCGGCGGGGGGUGUGAGGGAGGCGGGGGGGGUGGCUGCCAUCCCUACGCCUGCCCCCACUGUCCCGGGGCCUACCUCCACUUCUGCAGCCUGCAGAUCCACCUGCAGGGCUUCUGCCCUGCUAUGCAGCCUCCUGGCACACCGGAAGAGCUGGCCCGCAUCAACGAGGCGAUUGAAAGGUUCGACUUGAGCGAUGCUGCAGAGAGGCUGGAGAGGGCGCCGGACAGCGAGGUGGAGCAGAGUGUCCUGAAGGUGUUCUGGAAGGAGAUGGAGGCAGUGGGUCUACAAUCGUCCAACCAGCAGGGCGGCGACAGAGAGCCUGUGCUGGUACAGCACCCAGACUCCAGGGCUGUUGCGGGAGAUCGGAACACUCAGCUACCUCUUCUCAAUGUACACAUCAAACAGGAAGUGGACCAGUAGCAACUCCUUCCAGUAAUUCCCCUUGUCAACAGUAUCAAUUUUCAUUCCUUGGUCUUAGUCGGCCAUUUUGGCUCACCCUGAUACAAUCAGAGAGCUAUUCUCACAGGAAAAAUCUGGUCAGACUGAAUGAGUCAGAUACAGACUUGCAGAUGAGGACAAGCUACAUCUAAACAAUCAGAUUCAUUCUGCUUCAGGACCUUAAGACUGUUUUCUCAUGGUGGGGAAAACCAGUGACAGGGAUGUUUUCCUCAGGGUAGCUAUGCAACAGCAUUAUAUCACUUUGCAAAAGCUUGCAUAUUACUUUUUGU